UCCCGAUUCCGGACCCCGGGGCGCGGCUGAUGUUUGAGCCAGCAUGUCGCGGAGGAAGCAAGCGAAGCCUCAACAUUUCCAAUCCGACCCCGAAGUGGCCUCGCUCCCCCGGCGAGAUGGAGACGCAGAGAAAGGUCAACCCAGUCGCGCCACGAAGAGCAAGGACGCCCACGUCUGUGGCCGGUGCUGUGCCGAGUUCUUUGAAUUAUCAGAUCUUCUGCUCCACAAGAAGAACUGUACUAAAAAUCAAUUAGUGUUAAUCGUCAAUGAAAGCCCAGCCAGCCCACCCGAAACCUUCUCUCCCACCCCUCCUCCCGAGCAUCCCGAUGAACAAAUGAAUGACCCCGUUCUCAAAACAGAUCAGGCCGAAGGCGGCGACCUUUCGGAACACCGCAGCUGCCACAGGGAAGAGUCCAUGGAGGUGGAGGCCCCGGGGGCUAACAAAGGUGGCGGGGGCGCUCCGGGGGGCGGCAGCGGGGGCAGCGGUGGCCCCCCGCCAGGCUGCAGCGGCGUUCCCUCUACCGGUACCUCAGCGAUCACAACCUCUCUACCUCAACUCGGGGACCUGACGACACUGGGCAACUUCUCCGUGAUCAACAGCAACGUCAUCAUCGAGAACCUGCAGAGCACCAAGGUGGCCGUGGCCCAGUUCUCCCAGGAAGCGAGGUGCAGCGGGGCCUCGGGGGGCAAGCUGGCCGUGCCUGCCCUCAUGGAGCAGCUCCUGGCCCUCCAGCAGCAACAGAUCCACCAGCUGCAGCUGAUCGAACAGAUCCGUCACCAAAUACUGCUGUUGGCAUCUCAGAACGCAGACUUGCCAACAUCUUCUAGUCCUUCUCCAGGUACUUUACGAACAUCUGCCAACCCCUUGUCCACACUAAGCUCCCAUUUGUCUCAGCAGCUGGCGGCGGCAGCUGGCUUAGCCCAGAGCCUUGCCAGCCAGUCUGCGUGCAUCAGCGGUGUGAAACAGCUCCCCCCCACCCAGCUACCUCAGAGCGGUUCUGGCCACACCAUCGUUCCACCCAACAGCGGCUCUUCCCCCAACAUUAAUGUUUUGGCGGCAGCGGGGAGCACCUCGUCCUCGGAAAAAGCGGCUUCGAGCGCUGGCGCCGUGCACGCCAGCCACCCAGCAGCCUCGGCGUCAUCGUCACCAGCUUUUGCAAUAAGCAGUUUAUUGAAUCCUGCAUCUAAUCCACUUCUACCUCAGCCGGCCCCCGCUAACCCGGUGUUCCCCAGCCCUUUGCCCAACAUCGGAACGACUGCAGAGGAUUUGAACUCCUUGUCCACCUUGGCCCAGCAAAGAAAAAGCAAGCCACCAAAUGUCCCCGCCUUCGAAGCGAAAAGCACGUCGGACGAGGCGUUCUUCAAACACAAGUGCAGGUUCUGCGCGAAGGUCUUCGGGAGCGACAGUGCCUUGCAGAUCCACCUGCGCUCCCACACCGGAGAGAGGCCCUUUAAGUGCAACAUCUGCGGGAACAGGUUCUCCACCAAGGGGAACCUCAAGGUCCACUUUCAGCGCCACAAAGAGAAAUACCCUCAUAUCCAGAUGAACCCCUACCCCGUGCCUGAGCAUCUGGACAAUAUCCCCACGAGUACCGGCAUCCCGUACGGCAUGUCCAUUCCUCCGGAAAAGCCGGUCACCAGCUGGCUAGACACCAAACCGGUCCUGCCCACUCUGACCACCUCCGUCGGCCUGCCGUUGCCCCCGACCCUCCCAAGCCUCGCGCCCUUCAUCAAGACCGAAGAGCCAGCCCCGAUCCCCAUCAGCCAUUCAGCCACCAGCCCCCCGGGCUCUGUCAAAAGCGACUCUGGGGCCCCCGAGACGGCCACGAGAAACCCGGGUGGGCUCGCAGACGAAGCUGAAGAGUCCGCCGGGCUGCCGUCAGGGGGCAGAAGUGAAGAGAGCGGGGCAGCCCCUGGCGCAGCCCCUGGCUCAGCCCCGGCGGCCGGCAGUGGCAGCGGCUCUCUGAGCUCCCCGGCGGCCGACGGGGGUCCAGGCAGCGCGGUGGCUUUUCCCAACCCCCUGCUGCCGCUCAUGUCUGAUCAGUUCAAGGCGAAGUUUCCUUUCGGGGGACUGUUGGACUCAGCCCAGGCCUCAGAGACCUCCAAGCUUCAGCAGUUGGUAGAGAACAUUGACAAGAAGGCCGCUGACCCCAACGAGUGUAUCAUCUGCCACCGGGUCCUCAGUUGCCAGAGCGCCUUGAAGAUGCACUACCGGACACACACCGGGGAGAGGCCCUUCAAGUGCAAGAUCUGUGGCCGGGCUUUCACCACGAAAGGGAACCUGAAGACCCAUUACAGUGUCCAUCGGGCGGUGCCCCCGCUCCGAGUCCAGCAUUCCUGCCCCAUCUGCCAGAAGAAGUUCACCAACGCCGUGGUCCUGCAGCAGCACAUCCGAAUGCAUAUGGGUGGUCAGAUCCCCAACACCCCGGUCCCCGACAGCUACCCUGAGUCCAUGGAGUCGGACACGGGCUCCUUCGACGAGAAGAAUUUCGACGACCUGGACACCUUCUCUGAUGAAAACAUGGAGGACUGUCCCGAGGGCAGCAUCCCUGACACGCCCAAGUCCGCGGAUGCGUCCCAAGACAGCUUAUCUUCUUCGCCUUUGCCCCUGGAGAUGUCAAGCAUCGCUGCUUUGGAAAAUCAGAUGAAGAUGAUCAACGCCGGCUUGGCAGAGCAGCUGCAGGCCAGCCUGAAGUCCGUAGAGAACGGGUCCGUCGAGGGGGACGUCCUGACCAAUGACUCGUCCUCGGUGGGCGGCGAUAUGGAGAGCCAAAGUGCUGGCAGCCCGGCCAUCUCAGAGUCUACCUCUUCCAUGCAGGCUCUGUCCCCAUCCAACAGCACCCAGGAGCUCCACAAGUCCCCCAGCGUGGAGGAGAAGCCACAGAGAGCAGUGCCCAGUGAGUUCGCCAACGGUUUGUCCCCCACCCCCGUGAAUGGUGGGGCUCUGGAUCUGACGUCCAGUCACGCAGAGAAGAUCAUCAAGGAAGAUUCUUUAGGGAUCCUCUUCCCUUUCAGAGACCGGGGUAAAUUUAAAAACACUGCUUGCGACAUUUGUGGCAAAACCUUUGCUUGUCAGAGUGCCUUGGACAUUCACUACAGAAGUCAUACCAAAGAGAGACCAUUUAUUUGCACAGUUUGCAAUCGCGGCUUUUCCACAAAGGGGAAUCUGAAGCAGCACAUGUUGACACAUCAGAUGCGGGACCUGCCGUCCCAGCUCUUUGAGCCCAGUUCCAACCUCGGCCCCAAUCAGAACUCGGCGGUGAUCCCCGCCAACUCGUUGUCAUCUCUCAUCAAGACAGAGGUCAACGGCUUUGUGCAUGUCACUCCUCAGGACAGCAAGGACACCUCCACCAGUCACGUCCCCUCUGGGCCUCUGUCCUCCUCUGCCACAUCCCCAGUUCUGCUCCCAGCUCUGCCCAGGAGAACCCCCAAGCAGCACUACUGCAACACGUGUGGUAAAACCUUCUCCUCGUCCAGCGCCCUGCAGAUCCACGAGCGAACUCACACUGGAGAGAAACCCUUUGCUUGCACUAUUUGUGGGAGAGCUUUCACAACAAAAGGCAAUCUGAAGGUACACAUGGGCACUCACAUGUGGAAUAGUGCCCCUGCGCGACGUGGUCGGCGUCUGUCCGUGGAUGGCCCCAUGACAUUUCUAGGAGGCAAUCCUGUCAAGUUCCCAGAAAUGUUCCAGAAGGAUUUGGCGGCCAGGUCAGGAAGCGGGGAUCCUUCCAGUUUCUGGAAUCAGUACGCAGCGGCGCUCUCCAACGGGCUGGCCAUGAAGGCCAAUGAGAUCUCCGUCAUUCAGAAUGGUGGCAUCCCUCCAAUUCCUGGAAGCCUGGGCAGCGGGAGCAGCUCACCUAUUAGCGGCCUGACGGGAAACCUGGAGAAGCUCCAGAACUCCGAGCCCAGCGCUCCCCUGGCCGGCCUGGAGAAGAUGGCCAGCAGCGAGAACGGAACCAACUUCCGGUUCACCCGCUUCGUGGAGGACAGCAAAGAGAUUGUCACAAGUUAAAGCAACUCUGGCUGGAGAAAGAGCAUCCUGGCUCAGAACGAGACCCACGGUUGCCUCCUCCUCCUCCUCCUCCUUGCCCCAUCCUCCCACCCCCUUCCCUCCCGGUUCCCCCAGAUCUAUGAACUACAACAUUACGAAGACAUUCUUUUGUACCUUGUUCAACUUUUAGAGUUAUAAGAAAGCUUAUUUAUUAGUGAUAUAACCUGGCUUUGCAAACAGAAUGCAAGCGUUAACUUUGGUCUUCUGUAUUUUGGACUAAAUACUAAUUGACUAGAGUGCUGUAAAUUUGCUGUAACAUUUAUGGCAAUCGCAAGUUGCCCUGCUAGGCGGUCUUAAUCUGGCAUUAACUUAUUUUCUAUAUCCGGUUUAAUAUGAAUCUGGUGUUGAUGCAAUGCCUCAGUGAUGCAUUAGAUCUCUAAUAAAGUCUGUAUAUAAAUGUACACUUUGAUCCUGCUGGAAAAGUUUUAUCAGCAAACACAUUGUCUAAUCUUUCGAAACAAAUUUAAGCAAAGGACUGAAAGUACAGACUGAUCCAUGUGGUUCUUUGAAAGGUUUGGGCUUUUUGGGUUUUUUUGUUUUGUUUUUGUUUGGUUGUUUUUUUUUUUAAUUUUUAUUGGAAAAUUCAACCUGCUUUUUUUUUUUUUUUGUAGAUUUAACCAUUUCCGUUUUGAACUGCUAUUCGUACUGUGCUUUUUACUUGAGUCGUCCUCAAUGUUGAUAAGUUUCUGUACAGUAAUAAGCACGCAGAAUUCUUUAGAGAAAAUACAAGUGUUGUUUUGGUAGUUGAAACUGAGACGUAACAUUUUGCCUUGUAGGUAUGUUCACAAUAGAAAAUGUGUGCUGGAAUUACACAAUGCUGCUAAGUAUGGCAUCUUGAACAACCGUCAGUGGAGAAAAUGUAGAUGCUCUUGUACAUACAAUAAGAAAUAUCACUUUCAUUAAAAUGUACAUAUGUUCCUUACAA